GCAUAUCCCUCCACUCAUCACAAUACUCUCUACUGUAGCUUAUAGCUGGUCACUGUAAUCACUAGCAUAUAUAAAGCGAUUGGUAUUGAGAAAUGGCUUCCAAAAGCACAGCCUCACUUGCUCUCUUUUUGGUACUCAACCUUCUCUUCUUUUCCCUAGUCUCUGCAUGUGGUGGGGGCUGCCCUUCUCCUAAGCCAAAACCAACUCCAUCACCUUCCAAUGGAAAAUGUCCUAGGGAUGCACUUAAAUUAGGCGUAUGUGCCAAUGUGCUGCGUUCAUUGCUCAAUCUCACCAUUGGAAAACCUCCAGUGGAACCUUGUUGCUCUCUCAUCCAAGGCCUUGUCGAUCUUGAGGCUGCCGUUUGCCUCUGCACAGCCAUCAAAGCAAACGUCUUGGGCAUCAACCUUAACAUUCCACUUUCACUGAGCUUGCUUCUCAAUGUCUGUAGCAAGAAGGUUCCCUCUGGUUUCCAAUGCUCCUAAAGACAGAUUUCUUUCUGCCGAGCUAGUUUCUAUGGAUUUUAUAAGUCUUUCUUGAGGUACCAAAUUACUGUUUAAAUUAAUUUGUGUCAGUGAUGUAGUAAGUUUGAAAGCGUUUGUGCUUAAAAAAAAAAAAGUUUGAAAGCGUUUGUUUCUUGGGCGUCUCAGCUAAAUAAGUAUAGUUUCCCAUAAUAAUGUUUAAGCAAUUUUAUGGUACAAUCAAUGAAAUUUGAUUUCUUUUCUUAAUAAAAUUAGUCUUUAAUUCCCUUGAAA